AAAUGGAAGCGUUAUUAGUUUACAGCUGUACUGUUACUAAAGCUGUUACAUGUUAUUUUGCUUCCUAUUUGUUGUUAUUCUGGAAACAACAUAUGUUUGAAUAUUCGUGAAUUAUAAUCGACAUCAUUGUGCAUUUAACAGCUUGGAGAUUAGAAGAUCAGGUUACUGCUUUGGAGUUUGUUUUCUGAACGUUACAGUUUCAGCAUUUCCAUUUAGUUAAUUUUUCAACUGCUCUGAGAUUAUGCCUGGAAAACAGCAAGCCAAACCUCGACUCACAAGACGAGAAAAGAAAGCUCAAAUUUCAGGACUGAUAAAAACUGCUAAUGAGAGUAAAGAUCUCUUGUCUCACAUACAACCUUGGACAAUCUUCAAAGAUCAUGGCUUAGAUUUAAAAAUUGAAUGUGCAAGGUCUAAAGAAAUAGAAAGUUCAACUUUUAAUGAAAUAUUCAAUUUGCUGAAAAAUAAUAUGCAAGUUUUGUACGAAAAAAGUGAUUGGGGUUGGGAUGAAACUCAAAAAAUGGAAGAAUUACAAGAUGAAAAUGCUCGAUUUCUGCUGGCAAAGGAUUGUGAUGGGAAGCUGGUUGGUUUUUCUCACUUUAGAUUUGACAUUGAAGAACAUCAACCAAUUUUGUACUGCUAUGAGUUACAAAUUUAUCCAGAAAUACAACGAAAAGGUGUUGGAAAGCACAUGAUGGACAUGCUGUUUUUAAUAGCAUACCAUUUCAAAUUGGUAAAAAUUGUCCUAACAGUAUUUAAGCACAAUUCUGCUGGUAUAGAUUUUUAUAUGAAGGCUCUGACAUUCAGAUAUGAUGAAACAUGCCCUAAGGAAGAGGAAGAAAAGUGCUAUGUGAUAUUUUGCAAAUUUGUGGACAAAAGCGAGUUGCAGAAAAUUAAAAAAAGGUGAUUAGCCGUAACUCGAGUUCACCACUUCAUCAGGCCCAUCAUUUGGUUGGGUCAAUUGCCUUCCUGAAUAAAGAAAAUGUUUUUACGUAUAAGUGGGUCGAAAUGAUGGGUCUGCAAUUCAUGCACCAACAAAUCAUCUGCUGAACUGUGUCUUAAGCAUGUGCCUUGCAUUUUAUUUCACGCCAUAUUAAUAUACAAACAAAUUCAUUAAAGAAACUAUGAACAAACUUUCUGUUUUACUUUACGAAUCAUAGUAACAAAAAAGGAAAAUUAAAGGCAUUUAUAAUGAAAAGCAAAUUCUGUGUUACUUUUCUAUGUUCAUAUAUCUUUUUAGUGUUUAUAUUCCAAAUUAAUAGUUUUGUAUUGAAAAUUGUUAGUUGAGCAAAUUAUACUUUGAAAAUCAAAUAACCAAAUUUUUUCAUGAAGUUUUUAUUCAAAAUUAAACACAAGAAAUAGAUUUAUCUUACUUGACCAUCAAUUGAAGCUUAUUGUGAAGCAGCAAUAUAUUACAUGACUUUGCUUGCAUGAUUAGCUCAAAGUUAAUCCAACUGUUUGCAUCCUUACUUCAGAGCUCAGUAUUUUACUUCAGAUUCUUAUUUCCAGUAGUAUUUGGAUUGCAUUUAACAUUUUUUACUAAAAGACUGGUUCUACAAAAUUGAAUUUAAAAGGUUUUGCACUUUUGCAAAAGGAUAUAGCAUCUUACAUGAAACUUAAUUUGAAUAAUGAUUUGCAAGAAGAAAAAAAAGGUUAAUAUGAAAGAAAUGAAAUCAUGAAUGAUGAAGUGUUCAAAAGCUUUUAUUUCCACAAUUUGUUCAAUUGAUGAAAAGAAUGUGAUUAGUGUGUACUUGAACAUUUCUGUCUCUAAAAUUUGUUUGAAAGCAAAUUAAAUGUUAAAUUUUAUUAAAAUUAAAGUAUGAAAUAGUUGAUAAGUGAAAAUUUGGUACGAUGAAUAUUUGGAUAAAAUCAAAGCACUUUAGAAAUUACUCAUUUCACUUUAUAAUUUUUAUUAUGUUUCAUACUAAUAAAUAAUCAAUGUGUUUCAAAGUGUGUAGCACUUUCAUUUAUCUUGUAUAUUUGAAGUUGAUUUUCAAAUAAAAUUAGCAUUUUCUAAAAUUUAAAUAAAAAUUUUUGUACAAAAACUGCUAACUCCAGGUUGUUUUAUGCUAUUAUUUGUUCUGACAUAUUGCAAGGAUCUUUUUGCCUAUCACAAAUUCAAAACUUUUUCUAAAGCACGGAACAUUUUGUCAGCAGAA